AGGAGGGACGUUUGCCGCGCACGCGCGGGGCGGAAGUGCCUGUAGCGGGGCAUCGUGGUCCCUGCCAGCUGUGGGGCUUCCCGGCUCCCGCUCCCUCCUCCGCGGCCAGGUUGCUACCAUGAGCCGGCACAGCCGGCUGCAGAGGCAGGUUCUCAGCCUGUACCGAGAGCUGCUGCGCGCCGGCCGCGGGAAGCCGGGCGCCGAGGCGCGGGUGCGGGCUGAGUUCCGGCAGCAGGCCAGCCUGCCCCGCACCGACGUGCUGCGCAUCGAGUACCUGUACCGCCGCGGGCGGCGCCAGCUCCAGCUGCUGCGGUCCGGCCACGCCACGGCCAUGGGCGCCUUUGUGCGCCUGAGGGACCCGGCCGAGGAGCACCGCGGUACGGGGACCCCGCCUGACGCUGGCGACGGUCGCGGGAGCCCGUUCGACGGCUGGGGGGCGGCUCCGGAGACCCCACGCGGUGGACGGUGAGCGCUGGGAGGGCUGCCCCGACGGCGCGGGGGGCUUGGGGCCGGGACUGGCCUGACUGCCUAGGGCGCCGGGGAUCCCGCCCGAAGCCAGGUGAGCGGGGACUGGAGAAAUGAACUUCGGCACAUCGGGAAAACCAGAAGGUCCUCUUGGCACCUGGGGGAGCUAGCGACCGGGGCGAUGGAUGGCGAAAGACUCCUGACAUUGCCCGAUUCGGACUCGGCCCUGGAGCACUUGGGUUGCAGGCAGUCUGGAGCGUGUCGAGUUGAGAAGGAUUUUUCCCAAAAUCACGAGGAGCCGAGAGCCCUCCCUGUGUGGAGGAAAUUGAAGCGCUCAUCUCCUGAUCCUUGAGACCCUACCCACCCCCUGGCUCUUUAAGGAGAUUCUGAUACAAAAAUUUGCCCCAUUGUGACAAAGCAGGACUACUGAGGAUAGGAGUCCUUCUCCGCGGCUGAAAAUGAAGCCCCCUUGAGAUCUCUACCUGGGCCUGGGGAGGAACCCCAGACUCCUGUGCCCUCUUUCCCUCAAGACCAAUGAAUAAAAUUGGGAAUGAGAGAA